CUCGCUCGCUUCAUUGAAUCUGUUCUCAACCGAUCUCCCAAAGGCUCUCGAUCUUCGAUCUCGAUACUUUGAAUCUCUGUCGUUCUUUAUUCUACAUUCGAUUUUGAUUAAUUUUGUUGAUCUCUUAACGAUCUAAUAUUGUUUUUGCAUGCCCUUUUCUUUCCGAAUAUAUAUUUCUGUUUACAGCUGUUGUUUUUCGCUUCUUUCUUUUUGUUGUGUGUUAUUAACGUGAUGGAUGCAGGAUUAAGAAACUCUAUGACAUCGAACAUGACUGGAUCCAGUCGUUUUCCUCUUCAGGAGCAGUAUCGUCAGAGAAAAAGCUCCCAUGAAAAUUGGGACAGGUUCAUUCCUAAUAGAUCUGCAAUGGAUUUUGACUAUGCACAUUUUAUGGUGACCGAAGGAUGUAAAGCUAAAGAGAUUCCGGCCAGUUCACCUUCAAGAGAAGCAUAUCGAAAGCAGCUUGCAGAGAUCUUUAACAUGAACCGGAGGAUCCUUGCUUUUAAGAACAAACCACCCACCCCCCCUUUGGAUGGUUUUCUGAAUGAGAACUCUUCCCCUUACCAGGCCAAACCUACAAAACCCCGUCGCCACAUUCCUCAGACAUCUGAGAGGACUUUAGAUGCCCCAGAUAUUUUGGACGAUUACUACUUGAAUCUACUAGAUUGGGGAAGCAGCAAUGUUCUCUCUAUUGCUCUUGGCAGUACUGUUUACCUGUGGGAUGCUUCUGAGGGCAGCACUUCUGAAUUGGUCACAGUUGAUGAUGAAUUUGGUCCGGUUACGAGUGUGAAAUGGGCUCCCGACGGAAGGCAUGUUGCCAUUGGCUUGAAUAAUUCUGAUGUCCAGCUUUGGGAUUCCACGGCUAACAGAUUGUUACGAACUUUGAGAGGUGGCCACCAAUCACGAGUAGGAGCCCUUGAUUGGAACAAUCAUAUACUGACAACAGGUGGGAUGGAUGGUAUGAUUUUCAACAAUGACGUCCGGGUGAGAUCACAUAUUGUGGAAACCUACAGAGGACAUAGUCAAGAAGUGUGCGGCCUAAAAUGGUCUGCCUCAGGCCAGCAGUUGGCAAGCGGAGGAAAUGAUAAUCUUCUAUAUAUAUGGGACAGAUCAUCGACUGCUGUUUCUUCUUCCAACUCCACCUCCUCAACAACACAAUGGCUUCACAGGUUCGAGGAACACACAGCUGCAGUUAAGGCCCUUGCCUGGUGUCCGUUUCAGGGGAACCUUUUGGCCUCAGGCGGAGGUGGAGGAGACCGAUGCAUUAAGUUCUGGAAUACUCAUACUGGUUCAUGUGUGAACUCAGUUGAUACAGGGUCUCAGGUGUGUGCGUUGCUUUGGAACAAGAAUGAGCGCGAGUUGCUUAGCUCUCAUGGGUUUACUAAGAAUCAGCUCACUCUCUGGAAAUACCCAUCAAUGGUUAAAAUGGCAGAGCUUACGGGACAUACCUCCCGAGUUCUUUUUAUGGCUCAGAGCCCAGAUGGUUGCACUGUUGCAUCUGCUGCAGGUGAUGAAACAUUAAGAUUCUGGAAUGUAUUUGGAACCCCUGAAGUCAAAAAACAGGUUCCCAAGUCUAACCCGGAGCCGUUCGCUCAUGUUAACCGAAUCCGCUGAUGCCCGAUUUGCUAUAUGCUUGAUGUAAUCUCAGGCAUAGAUUCCACCAUUACUUUUUGAAGAUCUUAAUUUUUCACACUGUUUUAGUGCUAUUGGAAGCUUUCAAGACGAGUUCAAGCAUUUGUUUGGCACUACUUAAAAGUGAAACAUGAAUUGGAAAAGGGGGUGGAAUGUUUAGGAUAUUGAUCUAUCUUUGAUGAGGUGCUGCAGUAUGCUUCAGUUUUGCUUCGGACCUUUGCUCGCCCGCCUGUGCAGAUAAUGCUGUGUAUAAACCAUUUCGAACCAAAUCGUCUAGUUUGGUGGAUAUGAAUGAAGAACAGUUACUGGUGUGGGCGGAUUAUAUUGUUUAGAUAAUCAGAGAAUUAAAGAUGGUUGAACUUUGAUUUAGGCAAAUGACAUUAUACCUGUAUGUUGGAGUUCGAGAAUAAUAUUAUACAAAUUACAAAUAUUGCAUCGAAUGAUUGUUCUGCUCAAUCCUUUUGUUUUUUUCUUAAUACACGUCUGUCUUUAUGAACACAGAUACUAAAUAAAGAUUAUUUCUAUAU